AUGACUGGGGAGGUGAGGGGAUCUGGCAGUAUUUAUAGUGAUAUUGAUGCCUUCCCCAUUUUGCAGGAUUGCACAGUAGUGAAGAAGACAUUCAAUGAGUGUGAGACACCCAGCAGCCGUCCCUGUUUGUCAGAAGGACUAAGCAGAACCCAGAGCCCCAUUACGGUGCCUCCACCUCACUCACUGAUACAUGAGAGACACAGUGACCAGAAGAUCCUGGAACUCACCAACAAGAUCAUUCAGCUGCUGACUGGAGAGGAGGGGGAGUAUAUAGAGGAACGCAGAGGUCAGUACAAGGACGUGAUGAUGGAGAAUCACUGGCCCCUCACAUCACUGGAUGGGCCCAGUAACAGAGAUACCCCAGAGAGAUGUCCCCGUCCUCUGUAUUCCCAGGAUUGUACAGAGGAGAAUCACAGGAUCCCACAGGAGGAUCAGCCGUUUUCCUGUUCUGAGUGUGGGAAAUGUUUCGCAUUUAAAUCAGUUCUUGUUACACAUCAGAGAAGUCACUCAGGUGAGAAGCUGUUUUCCUGUUCUGAGUGUGGGAAAUGUUUCGCAUUUAAAUCAGUUCUUGUUAGACAUCAGAGAAGUCACACAGAUGAGAAGCCGUAUUCCUGUUCUGAGUGUAGGAAAUGUUUUGCACGGAAAUCAGAUCUUGUUGCACAUCAGAGAAGUCACUCAGGUGAGAAGCCGUUUUCCUGUUCUGAGUGUGGGAAAUGUUUUGCAUUCAAAUCACAUUUUGUUAUUCAUCAGCAUACUCACACAGGUGAGAAGCCAUUUCCAUGUUCUGAGUGUGGGAAAUGUUUUGCACGGAAAUCAGAUCUUGUUAAACAUCAGAGAAGUCACACAGGUGAGAAGCCGUAUUCCUGUUCUGAGUGUGGGAAAUGUUUUACACAGAAAUCAGCUCUUGUUACACAUCAGAGUAGUCACACAGGUGAGAAGCCAUUUUCCUGUUCUGAGUGUAGGAAAUGUUUUCCACGGAAAUCAGCUCUUGUUGCACAUCAGAGAAGUCACUCAGGUGAGAAGCCGUUUUCCUGUUCUGAGUGUGGGAAAUGUUUCGCAUUUAAAUCAGAUCUUGUUACACAUCAGAGAAGUCACACAGGUGAGAAGUCGUUUUCCUGUUCUGAGUGUGGGAAAUGUUUUACACAGAAAUCAGCUCUUGUUACACAUCAGAGUAGUCACACAGGUGAGAAGCCAUUUUCCUGUUCUGAGUGUAGGAAAUGUUUUCCACGGAAAUCAGCUCUUGUUGCACAUCAGAGAAGUCACUCAGGUGAGAAGCCGUUUUCCUGUUCUGAGUGUGGGAAAUGUUUCGCAUUUAAAUCAGUUCUUGUUACACAUCAGAGAAGUCACUCAGGUGAGAAGCCGUUUUCCUGUUCUGAGUGUGGGAAAUGUUUUGCAUUUAAAUCAGUUCUUGUUAGACAUCAGAGAAGUCACACAGGUGAGAAGCCGUAUUCCUGUUCUGAGUGUGGGAAAUGUUUUACACAGAAAUCAGCUCUUGUUACACAUCAGAGUAGUCACACAGGUGAGAAGCCAUUUUCCUGUUCUGAGUGUAGGAAAUGUUUUCCACGGAAAUCAGCUCUUGUUGCACAUCAGAGAAGUCACUCAGGUGAGAAGCCGUUUUCCUGUUCUGAGUGUGGGAAAUGUUUUGCAUUUAAAUCAGAUCUUGUUACACAUCAGAGAAGUCACACAGGUGAGAAGCCGUUUUCCUGUUCUGAGUGUGGGAAAUGUUUUACACAGAAAUCAGCUCUUGUUACACAUCAGAGUAGUCACACAGGUGAGAAGCCGUUUUCCUGUUCUGAGUGUGGGAAAUGUUUCGCAUUUAAAUCAGUUCUUGUUACACAUCAGAGAAGUCACUCAGGUGAGAAGCCGUUUUCCUGUUCUGAGUGUGGGAAAUGUUUCGCAUUUAAAUCAGUUCUUGUUAGACAUCAGAGAAGUCACACAGGUGAGAAGCCGUAUUCCUGUUCUGAGUGUGGGAAAUGUUUUGCAUUCAAAUCACAUUUUGAUAUUCAUCAGCAUACUCACACAGAUGAGAAGCCGUAUUCCUGUUCUGAGUGUAGGAAAUGUUUUGCACGGAAAUCAGAUCUUGUUACACAUCAGAGAAGUCACACAGGUGAGAAGCCGUUUUCCUGUUCUGAGUGUGGGAAAUGUUUUGCAUUCAAAUCACAUUUUGUUAUUCAUCAGCAUACUCACACAGGUGAGAAGCCAUUUCCAUGUUCUGAGUGUGGGAAAUGUUUUGCACGGAAAUCAGAUCUUGUUAAACAUCAUAGAAGUCACACAGGUGAGAAGCCGUAUUCCUGUUCUGAGUGUGGGAAAUGUUUUACACAGAAAUCAGUUCUUGUUACACAUCAGAGUAGUCACACAGGUGAGAAGCCAUUUUCCUGUUCUGAGUGUAGGAAAUGUUUUCCACGGAAAUCAGCUCUUGUUGCACAUCAGAGAAGUCACACAGGUGAGAGGCCAUUUUCAUGUUAUGAGUGUGGGAAAUGUUUUACACAUAAAUCAGCUCUUGUUAGACAUCAGAGAAGUCACACAGGUGAGAAGCCAUACUUCUGUUCUGAGUGUGGGAAAUGUUUUGCACGGAAAUCAAUUCUUGUUAGACAUCAGAGAAGUCACACAGGUGAGAAGCCGUAUUCCUGUUCUGUGUGUGGGAAAUGUUUUGCAUAUAAAUCAAAUCUUGUUACACAUCAGAGGAGUCACACAGGUGAAAAGCCAUUUUCAUGCUGUGAGAGAAAUAAAUCCGCUCUUGUUGAACAUAUUAGACAUUACCCAAAUACGGAACCAUUUACAUCUUCUGGAGUAUAAUUAUCACUGUCAUGCAAUGUUCCUCAAGGAUCAACCUUAUCUCCUAUGCUUUAUGCAAUAUACAUGCUACCACUGGGUGAUAUAAUCAGACGUCAUGGCCUGGUCUACCACUGCUAUGCAGAUGACCUGCUUUUUGCUCCAUGUACUGAGAACCUAAUACCAAUCCUAAAUGGUUGUCUAGCUGAGCGCCAUGGGUGGAUGAUGCCAGUUGGCUGUGACUCAGUCUUUGUGAAACAUAAUAGAAGCUCACCAACAAAGGACAAGACUUUACCAACCAUCUGGAUUUAUGCUUUGGUGUACAGAAUUGAAAAUACUAAACAUGUGCUGAAUCUUUGUGUUGUCCUGGUAUGUAGCUGACACAGACAUCAGGUAUCUGCCACAUACAAAUCCUCAUUCUUCCAUCUGUGGACCAUAGCCAGAAUCAAGCACUUGAUUCCCUCAGAAGUUCAUAGACUACUGCAAUGCCAUCUACCUGGGUCUCCCAGCAAAAGAAUUACAGAGCUUGCAGCUAGUACAGAAUGCAGCAGCCAAGCUGUUACCUAACCAGCCCGUUCCUGCCACAUAACACCCAUUCUCUACUCCCUUCACCGGCUGCCUGUAAGAUGACAAAUCUAUUUAAUUAUUGGCUAACUGACCUUCCCAGCCCAACAUUACAUGGUCCAAGGUACUAGAAGCCGCUUCUGCCUCCUUACUGCCCUGCUUGCUGGCUUCUACAGAUGAAGGACUGUUACCAGCAGUACCAAGAAUCUCCUGUCAUUCAUUUAUGGGUUGAACUUUUAGUUUUGCAGCCCUGACCAUGGAACUCACUGCCUUGCACAGUCCAAGAGGCCUGCACUCUAGAGACCUUCACAAGCAGACUGAUGACUGUUACUCACGCUUUUCAUUAAUGUACCUCUAUUUCUCAUACGUCCUAGAGGAUGCUGGGGAUUCCAAAAGGACCAUGGGGUAUAGACGCAUCCGCAGGAGCUUGGGCACACUGUAAAGACUUAAACUGGGUGUGAACUGGCUCCUCCCUCUAUGCCCCUCCUCCAGACCUCAGUUAGACUUUGUGCCCAGGAGUGAUGGGUCAUACACUAGGGGAGCUCUACUGAGUUUCUCUGAAAGACUAUAUGUUAGGUUUUUUAUUUUCAGGGAGACCUGCUGGCUACAGGCUCCCUGCAGCGUGGGACUGAGGGGAGAGAAGCAGGACCUACUUCUGUGAGUUUCAAGGCUCUGCUUCUCGGCUACUGGACACCAUUAGCUCCAGAGGGUUCGAUCACUUGGUGCGCCUAGAUGCUUGUUCCCGGAGCCACGCCGUCCAUCCCCUCACAGAAGCCAGAAGAAAGAAGUCGGGUGAGUAUUGGAAGAAAAGAAGACUUCAGACGGCAGAAGACUUCAGUAAUGGAAGUACAGUGGUAGUGCUGCUCUUCAUGCUCCCACACACCAACGGCACUCACAGGGUGCAGGGCGCUGGGGGGGGGAGCGCCCUGGGCGCAUGUUACUGGUCUGCUUAAUGUGAACAACUGGCAAAAAAAAAAAAGCAUUUAGGUUGCCGAGGCACCGUGGUUCAUCCCCCGCCAGUAUACUUUAAUUAUUUCCCCGCCACCGCUUAUACGGGUGCAGGGCACGCGGGGGGGAGCGCCCUGGGCCGCAAGUCAGUUUUAACAGUUCUUACUCUCGCUGCCGGGGGCUCCAUAUACAGACCCCGUCGGCCGCCAUGGGGUACAGAGCGCCGGGAGGUGGUGGCGCCCGGGGCAGCAUAGAUAGUUAGAGCUCCCGGGCGCCGCACACGGGGACCCACCUGAGAGCGGCAGGUGCGUGAUGCGCCGGAACUCCCGCUUCCCGAACGUUAUCUGGGGUGCACGGCGCGCAGGGGAGCGCCCUGAGCAGCAU